UUUAUACUAGGUACAUCAAGUACAAUUAUCGUUUGGAAUAUAUAUCAUAUGACACAUAUAUUAUGCAUUGUUAAACCAUGUCAUUAAAUCGUAACGGAAUCAAAAAAAUCCAAUUCAUUGUUCAAGAUACGGCAUUAGUACAAUUGCCAAGGGUACCUAGAUAUAUAAACUCCUUAGUUUCACGACCAAGAAAAGUUCCACAAGAUGUGGUUGAUAGAGUAUGGGAACAAAAGUCAUAUAUAGUAAUGAAGGAACACUUCUUUCUGUCCCAGAGAUUGAACAAGGGUGUUCCGGUACCUUCUUUCCCAGCGAGUGAAACAUCUAUUCAAAUAAUCCUAGAACUCAUAUAUUCACCAUUCAUCAAUUUAUACAAAAACAUUCAAUUUGAUUGGCAAAAGAAAAAUAGAAACGUAAGAGUUAGAGCACACCAAUACUAUACCCGCAAGAUAGAGGAAAUUCAAGUUUGUAAACCAUGGUUUCAUCUUCAGAGAUACUUAGAUAAUGCUCCAUCGACUAUAUUACUAAGUAGUUCCAUAUGGGAUAUGGUUCCAUUAACCCCUAAAUUUGAAAAUCAAUCAUUCAUGUGUGAUUAUCUAAAGCCAUCAUUUAUUAAUAUGACUAAAUUUCAAUCGACAAAAGAUUUUGAGAAUAUAUAUACAUAUCUGCAUCAGUUUGAAUAUAAUAGUGAUAUGAUAAGAAGGGCCAUAGUACCCGAAAUUGGUAUCAGAUAUUUGGUGAUCUGCGAAGAGUCGAACAUUAGUAAUAUCUUAAAAGACAUAGCGAAGAAAGAAAAUUUUAAAAUAAUUUUGGUUAAGGGAAUUCAAAAUGAACUGCAAGCAUUAACUCACUUGGUUGCCAGAAAGCCCAAACCAAUCGCUCCAAUUGUCGUUCCAAAAUUCUCGACAUUACCCGAUAAGAAAACCAAAGCCGAGCGUAAAAAAGAUAAUAAAGCGGCUAAAGCUACAAUGAAAGAAGAGAAACCUUUGAAUUAUGAGAAUGUGGAAGCCGAGAACAAACAGCAGAAAAUUGUUGAAUUACAUGAGAAGGAUAAAGUUGAACAAGCUAAGAUAGGGGAAAAUGCCCCAAUAUCUGAACUUGACGAAUUCCUUACAAGAUAUAUUAAUUAUCUCGAUGAUGCAGAAUUAUAUUUAGAUGAGAUAAAAGCAUCAUAUCUGGAAUUAUUAGAAAAGGAUUAUAUUGAAGUUCAUGGAAGCGAAGAACUCAGUAAACUUUUCAUUGCUCUUACGUCUGUAUUACCUAAAGAUUAGCUUGUCACUAAAUUUACCAUCGCCUCGAUACAAUAUCCAAUCUUCAUGUACAUAGAAAUACGAAUAUAAUAAUAAUAAUUAAUGAAUUCUACUUAGAUU